UACUUGGAAGUCUCCAACAGUUACGGAUAUCCAGUUCAUCAUGCGCUUCACUCUGCUCGCUGUCUUCCUCUUCGGAGUGAUCUUUGCUAUUGUGUCUGCCGGUGGAAAUGGCGGUGGCGGCGGUGGAGGUGGCCAAGGAGGCUGGCAGAAGGGAGGUGGAGGCGGUGGCGGUGGACAAGGAGGCUGGCAGCAAGGCGGAGGCGGUGGCCAGAAGAAUGGAGGAGGCGGUGGAGGCUGGCAGAAGGGAGGCGGCGGCGGCGGCGGUGGCAAGCAUGGCGGUGGAAAUGGAGGUGGUGGCAAGCACGGAGGCGGCGGCGGUGGUGGCGGUGGCGGUGGCAAGCAUGGAGGUGGCGGUUGGUAAAUCUCCCCCCAAGGAUUCCCCACAUCGAACCACUGAAACUACGCCAGCAACUACCCAAGACCUGAUGCAGAAUGCCAAACUAAAAUCUCCUAACAGCACAAUUCUCAUGACUCUUUCCUAAACUCAACUCCUUUAUUCGCGCAGUUGUUUUCUUGAUUGUUUAAUCGAAAUAAAAUUUAAUCUCUUGCAAUUCAAAA